CGACCAUGUCUGGACGUGGUAAGGGCGGCAAAGGUCUUGGUAAGGGGGGCGCUAAGCGCCACCGCAAAGUGUUGCGCGACAACAUCCAGGGCAUUACCAAGCCUGCUAUUCGGCGCUUGGCCAGACGUGGGGGUGUCAAGCGUAUCUCUGGCCUCAUUUACGAGGAGACCCGCGGGGUGCUUAAGGUCUUCCUAGAGAACGUCAUCCGGGACGCGGUCACCUACACCGAGCACGCCAAGCGCAAGACGGUCACCGCCAUGGACGUGGUCUACGCGCUCAAGCGCCAGGGGCGCACGCUCUACGGCUUCUGCGGCUAAGUCCUCAUUUUUUUUUUUUUCCCUUCAUUUAUCUAAAGGCCCUUUUCAGGGCCGCCCACUCUUUCUCAGGAAGAGCUGCGUCUCUGAGCCAAUCUGUUAGUACAAUAAGCAGCGCGUAUCUUCGGCCAAUGAGCAACGAGCAAGGGCUGUCUGAUAGGUGGGACUGAGACUGAAAUAAGGAACUCAAGCGAAAAGUCUCUGCACCCCUAGUGGAGGUCGGAAGGAUCCGGAGUCCCCAGCUGUUACACGUGGGAGGGAUUCUGCCUGCUCCGCGUCCCUUGUGAAAGUGUCAACUGCAGGCCAUGGUUUCAGCGAGGAGGCAGUUUCUCUCCUGUGUGGAAGUAGCGCCGAGCUCAUUUUUGGUCCUAGGAUGGUUAACUAUUCGUAGACAUCGCGAGAGCCUGCCAGGGUGCUGCCGGCCGCUCAAAGGAAUACAUACGACACUGCCAGCAAGACUGGGUGUUAACUCUUAGUGUAUUUGCCCUGAACAACGUCAGGAGAGAUCUGCAGUUACGCCUCACACCCUCGUCCCCCGCCCCCUCCUCCUCCGCUGGGUCGCGCGCCCCAGGCCUUCGCUGCCAGUGCCUCUAGAGUUUGAGCCAGAUACCGUCCUGAGUGUCGUCACGCCCCACAAAGCCGAUGGUCUUGGGUUUGAAGGUACCUCCGCAUUGCUGAUUUGCAUCCUCAGGCUGGGGGCCUUCCCUAAGCGUCUGGCUAAGCAGUUUGUAAAAUCCCAUUUACUAGACUAGGGCUGUCUGUGUUCUAAUUCAGCUCUAAUUUCCUCUGAACCCCGAGGCCUCAGGCAGGGCUUAGCUUUGAGGUUGUAGGGAAGCUCCCUCCUUCGUGGUAACGGUGGAUCCCAGGAGGCUGUUUUGCACUUUCCCCCUCGUUCUCUCCCUCCUUCCAGCUCAUCUCUUCUUUCCCCUGCCCGCUGUAAAUUAUAAGGUUUUUUUUUAAUGAAACUUUCAAAGACUACUUAUAAACAAUAUGGUUAUAAAAAGUUGUUUGAAACUAUGUCCUCAAAUUGAUAACCAACUGAAUAAUCUUGCAUCUUUGAUUUGCUUGAGAAAUGUAUUGAUGGCUGCUUAAAACAACAACUUUGCUGCCUGAGUACUCUGCUACCAUGUCUCUCCCUGACACUGGAGGAGAUACUGAAAAGGAGGUUGGAAAAGUGAGAUUCUUGAGUUAAGGCAAGAGGUCUGUACUAGAGAUAAAAAUGUGGGAAUCAUCAGCAUUUAAAUGAUGAGACUGGGUGAGAUUACUAAGAACCAAAACAGUAUUGCAGCACACUAAUAGUAAAUGAGUAGAAACCAUGUAAAUUGUCAUCAGAAGGGGCUAAAGUAUUAUCCAUAUCCAUGAAAUGGUUCCUUGGUUCAGGCUGCUAUAACAAAAAUAUCACAGACGGUGGUUUACACAGCAAACAUUUAUUUCUCACAGUUCUGGAGGCUGGAAGUCCAAGAUCAAGGUUCAAGCAGAUUCGGACGGGACAGAUUCAGACAGAUUCAGUGUCUGGUGAGGGCCCAAUUCCUGGUUCAUAGACUGCUGUCUUCUUGCUGUGUCCUCACAUGGCAGAAGAAAGGGGCCAGAGAGCUUUCUGGGGUCUCUUUAAUAUAUAAAGGGUACUAAUCACAUUCAUGAGUACUCCAUCUUCAUGGCCUAAUCACUGUCCAGGGGCCUCACCUCCUAAUAUCAUCAUAUUGACGGUUAGGGUUUCAACAUAUGAAUUUUGGGGGAACAUCAACCGUCCAUAACAAAUGGAUACUAUACGGCCCAACUAACAAAUAGGAAAACUGUACUCCAGUAUAUACUCUCUACAGUACCUUAGGCUCAGUUCUUGGGCCCAUUCUCUAUUUUUGGUGACGUCAUCUAGUCUCACACUCAAAUAUUCUGUCUUCUGUGAAAUAAUUUUUGUUUAACAGGAUACACCAUGGCCUAGCUGUCAGGUCUGCUUGUAGUUACACUAAAGCUUAUGACAGUGUCAGCUUCCAACUGCUUCUCAUUCUCAAUGGUUGUUUGUGCAGGGUGGCCUUCAUCACCUCGCUCAACUUUAUCAGUUUCCUUCCACCCACCUCAAGCUUCAUAAUAAAACAUAUAAUCUAAGAAAAAUAGUGUUGGAAAUAUAAAUCAUCUCCCUGACCUCUCCCCUGAUCGCCAGACUCAUAUACCCAACUGCAUAUUUGACAUAUCUACUUGAAUUUCCAGUGGGCAUCUCCAACUUGUCCAAAAUAGAUAUCUUGACACAUAAAUACCAAAUCUGUUCUUCCUGCAAUAUUCUCCACCUCAAUAAAUGGAACUCUAUUCUUCCAGUGGCUCAGUUCAGAAACCUUGCAUUCCUGUUUGACCUUUCUCUUACAACUGUCAUCCAAUCCACGCAGAGCUAUCUUCAAAAUCAAUCAGGCCACCUUUCUCUACAUUCUCUGCGGCUACCCUAGGGCAAGCCACACUCACAUUCUGUCCAGACGACCCUAGUGACUCCUAACUCGUCUUUCUGCUUCCACUCAAUGACUACAGUUUUUUCUCUACCCAGCAGCAAAAGUGAUCCUUUUAAAGGGCAUUGUGUCCACCCUUUGCUCCAGACAUUUCAGUGGCUUUCCAUCUUCUUCAUAAUAAAAGCCAGUGUCCUUACCAAAGCCUCUAAGGAAGGUGAACAAAAAUUCCA